AGUCGAGAACUUCUCUCCAAACAACGAAAAGAAGCGACUUUUUUGCCUCUUUUGGUCUCUCCCCUUCUCCAGGGGGAUCUGCUCUCUCUCUCUCUCUAUCAAUCUGUAAGAAGAAGCUUCCCACUUCAAGAAAUUUUUAAAAAAAACCCUAACUUUGCUUGGGAGAUUCUUCAUCUAUCAACUGUUAAAUCUUACCUUCAAAUCUUCAUCAGCCAUGGCUGAUCAACAAACCCUAGUUUCCUCUUCUCCUCCUCUUCCUACUACUCAAUCUCAAUCCGAUGAUCUAUCUCGCUCCCACUCUACUUCUUCUACUACUUCAGCUUCUUCUUCCUUAGAUCCAUCGCUCUUGAGGUCUCUAUCCUCAAGUAGACUCAACGCCGGAGCUCCUGAGUUCGUACCUGGUCGAACUACUCCUCCGCUGCCACAACCCCCGAGGAUGAUUAUCCCGCCUCCUCCGCCGCACGGUAUGCUUCAUAUGUAUCACCACCAGCCUCCUUUCAAUGCUCCGGUUCUUGGUCCUGUUCCAAUCCAGCCUCACUUGGUUCCUGUUCAAAACCAUCAUCCUCAUCAUCAUCGCUUUCAUCAUCAUCACAAUCGUCAUCAGAAUCAGCAGUAUGUUCCGGUGAGGAAUCAUCAAGAUUAUCUGCAGCAGCGUGGUGGUGGUGCUGUCGGCGGCGAGCAGGAACCGGAUUUGGUUCCGAAGAAGAACGAUCGGAGAGAUCAUAGUAAGAGAGAAUCUAAGACCGAUCAAGCUACUGAAACUGGAGCUUCUGUUACUAUUGAUUCGAAAACUGGUUUGCCUGAAGAUACUAUCCAGAAGAUAGUGAAUCAGGUUGAAUACUAUUUUAGCGACUUGAACUUGGCGACCACAGAUCAUCUAAUGAGAUUCAUUUGCAAGGACCCCGAAGGAUAUGUGCCGAUUCAUGUUGUUGCAUCGUUCAAGAAGAUUAAAGCUGUCAUUAACAGUAAUUCUCAGCUUGCCGCAGUGCUACAGAACUCAGCAAAGCUUGUUGUUAGUGAAGAUGGAAAGAAAGUGAGACGCAUAAAUCCGAUUACUGAGUCUGCCAUAGAAGAGCUCCAGUCUCGCAUUAUUAUUGCUGAGAAUCUACCUGAGGAUCAUUGCUACCAAAAUCUGAUGAAGAUUUUUUCAACUGUUGGAAGUGUGAAGAACAUCCGUACCUGCCAGCCACAAAAUAGUGGAGGCGGUGCUCCACCCGCUGCAAGAUCAGCUAAAAGCGAUGGCACGCUUUUCAGUAACAAGGUCCAUGCUUUUGUUGAGUAUGAGAUGGUUGAGCUCGCCGAGAAAGCAGAAUGUGUACAGGUUGCUGACUUACAUGAAGCGGGAAAUUGGAGGAGUGGUCUUAGAGUCCGUUUGAUGCUAAAGCAUCAGACAAAGGAACCAAAACAAGGUCAAGGACGAGGAAGAAAAGGACAUGAUGCAGAAGUAGAACAUGAGGAAGAUGAUGCUACAACAUCGGAGCAGCAGCCGAUUGAGAAACAAUCUGAAGAGUGUUCUGGAGAAUGGGAUACACAUGUGCAAGAGCAGCCAAUUGUAGGAGAGGAUCAAGGGAAUGAGAAAGCGGUUGGGCAAAGAAAAGGGCGUAACAGAGGUAGAGGAAAGGGACGAGGACGAGGUCAACCACACCAGAACCAGAACAACAACCACAAUGGGCGAGGAGGGAAUCAUCAUCAUCAGCAUCAUCAUCAUCAAGUGGGAACACCACCUUCAAACAAUCCAAUGAACAACAUGGAGCAACCAGGGAUGGGGAAGCAGCAACCACCUGGACCACGAAUGCCUGAUGGGACGAGAGGAUUCUCAAUGGGAAGGGGAAAGCCGGUCAUGGUUCAGGCAGAGUGAUACAGAGGUGUUUUGAAAAGGAGGUGAUGUGUGGAAUUGUCAAAGGUUUCAAAAGGGAGAUAAAUAGAGAGAGAGCAAGAGAGCAAGAGAGCAAGAGAGCAAGAGAGCAAGAGAGCAAGAGAGAAAGAGAGAGAGAUUUAUCCUUUCCUUUCCCAUGGGGAAUGGUUAGUUUUGCAGACUUUAUAUUUGUCUUACUUACUACUUCUAAAUACUUUUUAAUUAAAACAAAAAAAAAAGAAAGCAAACAACAUUUUCCUCGUACAGUGUACUGUACGUGUAAUGAUGAAACAGCAAUUUCAAUUUUUU